AACCACUUCGCCCUUCUGCGACGCGUCUCGCAUAGUCUAUAAAGGCACCCGACGCACACAAAAGAAACAGUACGCCUUCGAUCUCCGUCCAUGAUGUCAAUUUAGACAUUCUGAACAACAGCGCGGGAAUAUACCACGUCGAGUUACUUGCGAUGACAAAAACAAUACAAACACAGUGCUGAAUAAACAUUUUGUUUCGAAAAUCCCUCCGUUUUCGGUCGCGCAUGCGUGCAGGCGACUCUGUGAUUGGUCGUGAAUAGGAACGUUAGCAAAGAAAGCAAAAACAUGAGUGGAACGGACAGCAGUGCCAGUCGAUCCGCGUGCAACAGCAAGGGCAGCAUGAUCGUUGUGUCGAACCGAUUGCCUUUUAUUUUGAAGAGGAAUGACAAAACCGGCGAUCUCGAGAGGAAAGCGAGCGCCGGUGGCUUGGUCACGGCGGUGGCCCCCGUAGUGAUCAGAGGUGGCGGCAUCUGGGUAGGAUGGCCAGGCAUCCACCUGGACGAUCCCAAUGAGAAGAUCCCGGAGUCCAACCCAAAUGAUAAGACCCCCACCGCUGGCUUGCUGUCUGAGAAGAUUGUACCAAUCCACGCCGAACCUAAACUCUUCGACAGCUACUACAAUGGUUGCUGCAACGGUACCUUCUGGCCUUUGUUCCACUCCAUGCCUGACAGAGCCACCUUCAUCGCAGACCACUGGAAGGCGUACAUCAAGUGCAAUGAGGAGUUCGCUGAGAAGACAGUCCACGCCCUCCACUUGCUCAAGCAGCAGAAGGGAAAGAAUGGCAGCUCACCACCAAUCGUGUGGGUCCAUGAUUAUCAUCUCAUGUUAGCUGCUAACUGGAUUAGACAGCGAGCUGAAGAAGAUGAUAUUAAGUGCAAGUUAGCAUUCUUCUUGCAUAUUCCUUUCCCGCCAUGGGACAUCUUCAGACUGUUCCCAUGGUCAGAUGAAGUACUUCAGGGCAUUCUCGGGUGUGACAUGGUCGGCUUCCACAUAACUGAUUACUGCCUGAACUUCAUUGAUUGCUGCCAAAGAAACUUAGGUUGUCGUGUGGACAGGAAGAAUCUUCUGGUUGAGUUGGGAGGCCGCACCAUCUGUGUGCGACCUCUGCCUAUUGGAGUACCCUUCGACCGAUUCGUGCAGUUGGCACAGAACGCGAAACCAGUGCUCUCUACCAACCAACAAGUGAUAUUAGGAGUCGAUAGACUGGAUUAUACCAAAGGAUUAGUACAUAGACUGAAAGCCUUCGAGAGGCUACUGGAGAAGUAUCCGGAACACAUAGAGAAAGUGAUGCUACUUCAGAUCUCAGUACCAUCCAGAACGGACGUCAAGGAGUACCAAGACUUGAAAGAAGAAAUGGAUCAACUAGUUGGAAGAAUUAACGGCAGAUUUACUACACCCAACUGGUCACCUAUUAGGUACAUUUAUGGAUGCGUCGGACAGGAUGAACUGGCAGCAUUCUACCGUGAUGCUGCGGUCGCCCUGGUCACACCUCUGCGAGACGGAAUGAACCUCGUAGCAAAGGAGUUCGUCGCUUGCCAGAUCAACAAGCCACCAGGCGUACUGAUUGUGUCUCCUUUCGCUGGUGCUGGAGAGAUGAUGCACGAGGCUCUCAUCUGCAACCCAUAUGAGCUGGAUGAUGCUGCUGAAGUUAUUCACAGAGCUCUGAUAAUGCCAGAGGAUGAGCGUACGGUCCGUAUGAACCAUCUGAGGAGACGUGAGCAGCUCAAUGAUGUCGACAGCUGGAUGAAAGCCUUCCUCAAAGCUAUGGACUCCCUGGAAGAGGAAGCUGAUGACAUUGGAGCUACGUCCAUGCAGCCCGUCACAAUCGAUGACUUCGAUGAAUAUCUGUCGAAGUACAUCGGAUAUACGCAGAAGUUGGCGCUUUUACUGGACUACGACGGAACCCUAGCUCCUAUAGCGCCGCACCCAGACCUGGCGACUCUGCCGUUGGAGACCAAACACACGCUGCAGCGACUCUCCAACAUGUCCGAUGUUUAUAUUGCCAUCAUCUCCGGCAGAAACGUAGAUAAUGUUAAGAAUAUGGUGGGCAUCGAAGGCAUCACGUACGCAGGUAACCACGGUUUGGAGAUCCUGCACCCUGAUGGAUCCAAGUUCGUUCACCCCAUGCCCAUGGAACUGCAGGAUGCCGUCGUUGAUCUGCUCAAGGCACUGCAAGAACAGGUGUGCAAAGAUGGCGCUUGGGUAGAAAACAAGGGUGCCCUGCUAACGUUCCACUACCGUGAGACACCUGUAGCGAAGCGUGCCGCGCUUGCAGAACAAGCGAGGAAGCUCAUCACGGAGGCAGGGUUUACGCCAGCACCUGCGCACUGCGCAUUAGAAGCUCGCCCACCAGUGGAGUGGGACAAAGGUCGUGCAUCUAUCUACAUCUUGAGGACAGCUUUCGGUUUGGACUGGAGCGAAAGGAUUAGGAUUAUUUAUGCUGGUGAUGACGUCACUGAUGAAGACGCUAUGUUGGCGCUGAAAGGUAUGGCAGCUACAUUCCGUAUCGCGUCGUCUCACAUCACGAAGACAUCUGCCGAGAGACGGUUGUCAUCAACGGACUCAGUGCUCGCCAUGCUGAAGUGGGUGGAGCGACAUUUCUCGCGCCGCAAGCCGCGCGCCAACUCGCUGACGUACAAGAAUGCGCGAAAGGCCCGUGACACCAUCCAGAUGCAUAUGUCGUACCAAAUGCCCGCGAAGACGUCGCCACGUCACACACCCCCCCUCACGCCCGACAAAACCUCCAGCGGAUCAGAGUCCAGCUAAACUGUAUUCAACGUGACACGUGUACUGACUUACUAGACCCGACUUUGCAUAAUAAGUGCGUAGAAUAGAUACAUAGUAUGUUAUUCUUAUGUCUUGUCGUACCUAACCUCUCUAAGUCUAGUACGUCAGUACAUCGACGUUAUUUAUCCUAUCAGUGUAAUACAUAAGCGUCGUGUUAUUUAAUUCCAUAGGUAGUCGUUAAUUUUUCAUAUCAUUUGAUGAUCUAUUCUAUUUUUAUUGUUACAAAAAGCUAUACUGAGGCUUCAUAUUCAUUUUUAGAAAAAUCAUUGUGAAGUUAUCUUCUUUCGAUUUCGAAUUAAAAAUAUAUCCUUGCCAAAUAUAUUUGAAAUGUGUGUAGAAAUUAUUCAUAUAAUAUUCUCAAUGUGAAAUUAAUGUAUUAAGGCACUUCUUGAUCAUUACGCUAACAACUGUUAGUCAGUAUUUAAAACUAAAACGUUCCUGCAGCUUUAAUCUAUAGGGAAUAAAAACGACGCUCUUUCUUAAUUUCAAAAACCAAAUCUGAAAUUAUCCAGGGUUAUUCACUGAGAUCAUAAUUUAGUAAAAUUGACUGAAUAGUAUUUAUAAAUUAUUUGUCUAAAUUAUACUCUUGACGACCUGUCAUUAACGUUGAAAAUUGGAUGUUAUCGAAGUUGGAAACAAGAUGGCCGCCCUGACAUUAUGUUGUUCUAGUGUAGAGUGCUUCAACUCACGUGUAGCGUUACGUUGCAUGCCAUUUAGAGUUACGAUUUAUUUAUGUGAUAGAUUAGUGAUAAUUCGUUUGUAAGAUUGCGUAAUGAUUUAAUCGUACCAUACGUAUAAUGUAAUGAGAUUAGUGCACAAGUUUACUAUGAACGCACGGUCCGUAGUGAUCCAAUGCAUUUCCCAGAUCAACUAUAUAAUAGUGUAAACGCGAACAUUUUAUAAUGGAUUUAUAUGUAGUGUUUUAUUGAACGUAUUAAAAUACUUCAAAUAUCAUUAACAUAAGUGUAUUUCUGCAACUUUACUAUUUAAACACCUUGAUAUCUGACUUGGAAAUCUCAAUGUUGUAAAUAAUGUGAUGUAUACAUAAUACUGUGUAAUACACGACUAGUCUAGACGGUGUCCAUGCCUAUAUGUUGUAGCGGCAACACACGCACUGAGAUGUCUCGAAUUUGUAUCAUCCUUGUAUUUUUAGAUACAUAUUGAUGUUUUGAGGAUACCAAUAAAAAUUUCAUGAGACGUAAAA